AUGAAAAUGGGAGAGAUGCAAGAAACAUUGGAGUUUAAGAAAAACAUUGGAUUUGCAAGGUGUGAAAACAAAGCGAGACUUGCCAUUUUGGAACUAGCACACAUGAUGAGUGUGCCUAUGUCUCUCAUGGCUGUCAUUAACCUUAAAGUCCCUGAGGCCAUAUGGCAGGGUGGUUCCAACGAUCCCCUCUCCGCCGCCGACAUUCUCCAGCGCAUCCGACCCCACAACGGCCGCAGCGACUCCGAGAACCUCCAGCGCCUCCUCCGGUUGCUCACCAGCUAUGACAUCUUUGUGGAGCACUUGAGCAGCAGUGGCCAAAGAAAAUACUCCCUGAGUGACGUUGGAAAAACCCUAGCUGAUGAUGACCAAGGUUUAUCCUAUGCAUAUUACAUGCUCCAGCAUCAUCAGGAUGCAUUGAUGCGAGCUUGGCCAUUGGUGGGGGAAGCAGUGGAAGAUCCAAGGAGGGAACCAUUUAAGAAGGCGAAUCAUGAGUCAGCAAUAGAGUACUAUACGAAGAGGCCUGAGGAAAUGAAGUUGAUUCAUAAUUCCUUCACAGGAAUGUGUGUACCCUUCAUGAGGGAAAUGCUAGAAGCCUAUGAUGGGUUCCAAGGAGUGGAAACACUAGUUGACGUUGGUGGCAACUCUGGUAUCUGUCUUCGCAUGAUCAUGGACAAGCAUCCUAACGUGCGUAAGGGCAUCAACUAUGAUCUGCCAGAAAUGGUGGCACAUGCACCGCACAUUCCAGGUGUAUCAAAUGUUGGGGGUAAUGCGUUUCAAUCAGUUCCACCAGGGGAUGCUAUUUUCAUCAAGUGGGCAAUUUUAGCGUGGACAGAUGAGGAAGCAAAGCAAGUGUUUGAGAAUUGUUAUAGGGCACUUCCGAAAGACGGAAAAAUGAUUGUUUGCGAACCGGUGUUGCCGGAGCAGACAGAUGAGAGUCACCGAACCAGAGCACUGUUAGGUGGUGACAUAUUCGUGAUGACAAUGUAUAGAACAAAGGGGAAGCAUAGGACUGAACAACAAUUCAAACACCUUGGCAUUUCAACUGGUUUUCCUCAUUUCAGUGUCUUCUAUAUUGAUUCUUAUUUGGCUGUUCUUGAGUUUCAGAAAUGA